AUGCUUGGUGUUUCUCGUCAAUGUGAAGUCACUGGGAGGAAAUUAUUCUCAGGGAAAGUACUUUCAAAGAACUUUAAAUAUUUGAGUAACCGUAAAUACUCAUUAGCCACAACAAAGAAUGGAGCAAAAUAUGAAUCCAAAAAAUUCAACAAAGCUCAAUUGAUGGCUAUCGCAGGGGCAGGUUUGAUUGCAACAACAACUUUGCUAUAUUCCAAUUUCAACUCCGAAAUUCAAAACGAAUCCAAAUUGGCUCCAAAACGUGUCAUUGAUCCAUCAGAAGUUGCAAGACAUAACACUCCUGCAGAUUGUUGGAUUGUCAUUAACGGUGUCGUUUAUGACUUAACCUCAUUUAUUCCAGUACAUCCUGGUGGAGCUGAUAUUAUCAAGUCAAAUGCUGGUAAAGAUGUCACCGCAAUUUUUGAACCUAUUCAUGCACCAGGUGUCAUCGAAAAAUAUUUGCCACCAAAAUGUCGUAUCGGUACUCUAAAGAAGCCAAUGCCUGCUGAAUUAACCUGUGAUCCAUACACCCCUGGUGAAUCAAAGGACGAUAUCAUUAAGAAAUUGGAAUUAAGAAACAACCUACCUCAUCUAGAUUCGAUUAUCAAUAUCUACGAUUUUGAGAAACUUGCUUCUAAGAUUCUUUCCAAUCAAGCUUGGGCUUAUUAUUCUUCUGGUGCUGAUGACGAAAUUUCAUACAGGGAUAACCAUUCUGCAUACCGUAGAAUUUUCUUUAAGCCAAGAAUUCUUAGAGAUGUUUCCAGUGUGGAUGUCAAAACCACUAUGUUAGGUUCCAAAGUAGACGUCCCAUUUUAUGUUUCAGCUACUGCCCUAUGUAAAUUAGGUAAUCCAAAGGAAGGUGAAAAGGAUAUCGCUAGAGGUUGUGGUCAAGGUGAUACCAAGGUUCCACAAAUGAUUUCCACUCUUGCCUCAUGUUCAGUAGAUGAAAUUGUCGAUGCUGCUCCUUCAAAGGAUCAAAUCGCAUGGUAUCAAGUUUAUGUCAAUUCAGAUAGAAACAUUACGAGGGAUAUGAUCAAACAUGUUGAAAAAUUGGGAAUUAAGGCUUUAUUUAUCACUGUCGAUGCUCCAUCUUUAGGUCGUAGAGAAAAGGAUAUGAAGAUCAAAUUUUCUGGUUCUGAUCAGGGUGCUAAAGUUAUGAAAGAACCACUAAAGAAAGUAGAAAAGAAAGAUGACGGUGAGAUGUCUAAGGGUGCUUCCACCACUUUAUCAAAGUUUAUCGAUCCAUCUCUAACAUGGGAUGAUGUCGUUAAAAUGAGAAAAUGGACCAAGUUACCAAUUGUUAUUAAAGGUGUCCAAAGCGUAGAAGAUGUAGUUAAGGCAGCCGAGCUUGGUGUUGAUGGUGUCGUGCUUUCCAAUCAUGGUGGUAGACAAUUAGAUUAUUCAAGACCCCCAAUUGAAGUGUUGGCCGAAACUGUGCCUGUAUUAAAGGAAAAGCAUUUGGAUGGAAAAUUAGAAUUAUUUGUUGAUGGUGGUGUUCGUCGUGGUACUGAUGUCAUUAAGGCAUUGUGUUUAGGUGCUAAAGGUGUAGGUCUUGGUAGACCAUUCUUAUAUUCUAAUUCAUGUUAUGGUAAAGAUGGUGUUGAAAAAACCAUCGAAUUAUUGAAAACCGAAAUCGAAAUGUCCAUGAGAUUAUUAGGUGUCACUUCAAUUGAUCAAUUGACUCCAGAAUUAUUGGAUACUACCAAUCUAAAGAGCAGAACAGUGAAUGUUUCUAAGGAUGUCUUAUUCGAUACAGUGUAUAGGAACCCAACACUUGCUGCUUUCCAGAACGGUUACGAUGACGAUGAGUGA